GGUAUUUUGAUUUGUGCAAUGAAGCAAAUAUAGCGUGACUAAUGCGUUAAUAGUUACUUAGUGGCUUUUGAGAGUGCUUCCAAGUUGUGGGCUGAGGCUUUGCAUUCGUGCGAGCGUCUGGCACACGACGGGUGCACUGCACUGAAAACUCUUUCCCGGAGAAGAAAAGCUCACGCGAAAGUGUGCUAGAUCAUACGUGGUCUAGGUCAGAAAUGACCCCCAGGAAGGCUGCAAAGGCAAAUGGAAGACAAGGAAGUUGACUCAACGAAUCAAGUGGUAGAAGGAUGCAAUCGUAGUGGAUGUAAAAUACAUAUUUCGUUGCACCCUGGCUGCAUAUUGCUCAACAUUGCGCAUUUGUAUACGACCUGCAAGCCAGACAGUCCACGAUAUUUCGUCUGAUUAAAUGCAUUGAUUAAAGCAACAUGAAUGGCUAUUGAUUUGAAACCCAUGUAAUUGUUUAAUCUUUCACAUGAAUUUAACUUUUAUCAAUAGGGCUGUUGAGAUAUAAUUUGUUACUGCGGGCAAUAACACUUGUGCGCCUUGUCGAAAAUGUGAGCAUUUGGAUUUGAUUUCACCAAGAAGGGAAACAUGUGUCGCUGGAAUGAAGUUAACAUGAACACUUCGAAUAGUCUGCAAUGAUAGCCGGGGAAUGUGGAACGACCAUGCAUCGAAUUCUACAGAGGAGAACAGUGCGCAAACUUCGCUUCGUCUGGGUAUUCAUGGCCAUGGUGGCUCUGUCGCUCGCCGCCUGUAGCGCACUAUUUACGGCGUGGACCUGGAGACAGACGCUGGACCUGUCCCAGUCCGUUAAAACUCUGCAAGACCGAUUGGAGCAAGUGAACACUCAGCGUAAGGCCAUUGUCCAACUCAUCAUGGAGAAGAGAGAGUUGCUGGUUGGGCAAAGGGUGAAAAGAGAUGGGGGAACUGGGAAAGGGAAGAGUGGAAAUGGAAAGAAAGUGGCUUCUCAGUUUGAGAUAACCAAAGAGUCUGUUCAGAAAGUGGGAGCUGAUGGCUUGAUAAAAGGAUGGACGGACUCGGAGCAGUUGAAUAUGAGCAAAGCUGUGAAGUACAACACAGACAGAGGCACCUUCACAGUGGAGAGAGCUGGAGUCUACUUCCUCUACUGUCAGGUGUUGUUCAAUGAGAAUCAGUCUCAGCUGGUGAAGUUGGAAGUGGCGGUGGUGAAGAGCGGCCAGCCGCUGCAGAAGCUGCAGUGCAUGGAGGGCUAUGGCACUACACCUGCAUCCGGAUCCCACCAGUUCCACUUUCUCAAACCCUGCCAGGUGUCUGGCCUGCUGCGGCUAGAGAAGGGGGCAGAGCUACAGGCCAUCACAGGCGCCGGCUUCAGCCUCCACACCACGGGGAAGCACUACUUAAGCCUCUUCAAGGUCAACUGAGUUGCCGGAGAGGAUGGAAAUAUUGGAAGGAUGGAGGGGGUGGAAAAAUGGUUGAAGGAAGCGGUUUGUCCUACUCCGACCUGUAUUAAUGAGACACACCAACGUGACAUUCCUCAUUUGUUUUAUUGUGAAAUCUGGACCAAUGAUCAGGGGCAUUGGAAUAACUAUGGAUCAUGUUCGCUACAGACACUUUGUAUCAGAGGAGGCUGGUGGGAGGAGCUGGCUCAUUGUAGGGGCUGGAAUGGAAUAAAUGGAACCGAGUCGAACGUGGUUUCCAUAUGUUUGAUACCGCUCCAUUUAUUUCCUUCCAGCCAUUACAAUGAGCCUGUCCUCCUAUAGCCCCCCCUCCCACCAGCCUCCUCUGCUCUGUAUGAUACUUCUUCAAAGACAGAAGCUGUAAGGAAGAUUAUAAAGGGAUACUUAUGCACUUCUAGACCCUCCUAGCGAUUCUACCCCUGCUUUUUUAAGGAAAACCCAUGGAACGUUGUCUGGAUCAGUUGAUGCUGCUCUUCUGGAGUGAAGCUCAUCCUCCUGAGUCUUAGUUCACCGUGACUUCGCCUGAGCAUAGCAGGGAACUGACCCAUGAUGCACCUCUCUGAGGCGCUAAGCUGGUGGACUACUGAAUGAGAAGGAUUCUGAGUAAUGAGCUGGAUGGAUAUGUUGAACUAUGUUGAUCCUUGUUAUCUCAGCAGUUGGGUUGUACAUGUCUUUCACACACAGGAACGUAUACAACAACAAAAAAACUAGCCUAUGAUCUUACCAACGUCUCUCAGUCUAGAGACUCUUUAUGACUAUCCAUCUCAAUCUUUUAAACUGAGUCUCUUAACAUUAUAGGCCUAUCAUAUAUCAUUUUAGAUACAAAUAUUCAGUAUGUUCUGUCGAAUCACAUUUCAAUAUGUUACAUGAUUGUCAGUUUCAGACUGCACAUCGAAGAACUAGGGCCGGGAUUCAUUCCAAGAUGCGCUAUAGAGCAGCACUCUAAACAGCCGACAAUGAGUCUUUUAAAGGCAUUUUCCCCCAAAUUCACGAAGAUCGCAUCCCCAGUAAUCGCUGCGCAUGUUGGCUCAAGAGAAAAUGACCUUCAAAAGUCCAUUACAGUGAGCUGUGCUAUGAGACGCGUUGGAUUGAAUCCCGGCGUAGUUGUGUAUAUAAGGCUCAGCCUGUCGAGAUGCAGUAUAUCAUGGUGGAAAUAUAAAUGAUUUUGUAUAUCGUAAUCACAAUACUUGUACUCAUUCCAAGCUCUCUUAGGUGCCAUUUGCAGCAAUAUGUAUUGAACACAGACAGUACAAACAGAGUAUUUCUAGCAGGUGGUUUGGUUUAAUGUUUUAACACUCCUACUCUGGUUUAUAAGUAGUGUGUGGGUGACCACAUUGGCUUCUCCUCAGCAAUUUACACACAUACACACACACACACACACAGACAAAUACACCACAAUGCAAAAGUCACAUCAUUCUAGUUUUCAGUUCAAAACAGUCCUAAUUUCUCAUCAUUAGAUGGAAAGUACCUCAUUUGUAAAAAGAGGUCUAUUUGUGAGUCAAACCCGUAGGUCAAGGUUGAAGAACCAGUGAGGGGAUAUUGUGUGUGCACGUGUUUGUGAAAUUAUGUGUGCAAUGCUGGUUGUUGUUCUAAACUGACUUCCCAAAAGUCAAAUAAUUCUGGUUUCCAGCUCAAAAGAGCUGUAGUUUGUCAUCAUUAGAGCACAAGUGGAAAGUGUGUUAUUGUGUUGUAAACAUAUUUCCUGUUUGAUUUCCUAAUCCUUCUCCGCUUCCCUUUUGCACCUCACAUUUAGCCCGUUUUGCAUCUAACAUUUCCCUUUCAGAACCCAACACACACACACACACACACACACACACACACACACACACACACACACACACACACACACACACACACACACACACACACACACACACUUCCUGAAUCCAACCAGAACCAAAUAGCUGAACGCUUUUGAGGAAUCAAAUUCCUAACACUUCACUCCCCCAAUUCCUAUAUUUUUAAAUGUCAAAGUUUAUUGCCAACUUAAAAAGCAUUAUUUAGCACAAAGAGGCCUGUCUGUGAGAAGUCCAAAAAAGUAGGUCAAGGUUGAAGAACCAGCAAGGGGAUAUAGUGUGUGUACGUGUCUGCGAAAUGAUGUGUGCAAUGCUGGUUGUUGUUCUAAGCUCACUUCCCAUAAAAUGGUAAACCUUUUUAAACCCUUUUAAUAUCUCCUUGUGUUCGCUUUCAACUCUGGCCAGGGACGACUACUGCUCUAUGAUACAAUAUGACAAACAAAAAAUAGACAAUCUUCUUACUCCUCCGUUAUUCUCCAGCGUCCCCCAAUGACAUCACUGUAUUGCUAAAUAGAAUGUGUGGAACGCUGCACUAUUCUGGUUCUUUAGUCAUGACUCACAUACUACUGUGUAUUGAGUCGUCACCACCUGUGAUUCAUACUUCUGUAGCUCAAGGUCUGGAGUCAGUACAACAGUGCAGACAGACUGGGAGGACUUCCUGUGAGGGCUAGAGGAGGCGAUUCAGCAGCCCGAUGUGCCUGUGUGUUUUCCUGUGUUUGCUAUUCAAGCAUCCAUCCACGAAUCACAUAAUUUUGUUCAAUUUAAUUUGAUUUUAUUACAAACAAAACUCGAAAUAAAAAGAGAUGCAUUUUAUUAUUGACAUGUUUAACUGCCACUCAUUGUUUAUCGGUCGGCACCACCACAACGUACACAGUGACACGAAAUAUCGAGGAAUUAAAAACAAAACACAAAAUCUGAAAAAAGAACAAGAAAAGAGAGAGGAAGUGCCUGAUUGGACCGUGUCCAUUUUAGUUAAGGGGUUGCAAAACACUUCCUAGGAAACGUAAUCAGUGAAAUGUAGUUUAUAGACUCUUCACUUGGAACACCUGUGUGGAGUAUUCAGGGUUUUAAGGAAAUACAUGAACAUCUUCUACUUUCAUUAUUUGAAAUAUGUCCAGGGAACUAACUAAAAGUGGUCUAUUUCAACUAGCAUGUAAAGAGUUUACAUCUCCCGAUUAAUUCAGACUUAACUUCUUUACACUUAUUUCAGCUAUGUUAUGUUUAAGGCUGUUUGUGGAUACAGUAUAUAAAGUUGACUUGAUUCUACUAACAGCCUCUGAGUUUCCAGAGAAUAAUGAAUUGAUGUACUUUAACUGAUGUUAAGAUAGUACACUGUUUCAUUUUGUCUUAACGCAUUUAGGGUUACAUAUGUAGUAUAUUAUAUAGGUUAUUUGCAAGCCCCGAAUCUAGAAUGUAAGCAAGAAAUGUUUUGUUGUUGUUGUGUUCUCUCAACCUCUUCGCUUUGCUUUAUGCUCCGACUAUAAGACGUCUGAUAUAAGAGGUGCAUUUGUGCACCAAAACGUACGAUUUUAUUGUUUUCUCAAUCUCUCAUUUGGUAGAAGCUCUUUUUUUUCCAAUAGCAACAGCAAAGACAACAGCAACGUCAACAACAACAAUAAUAAUCAUAGUCGCAGUAAGUCAACAAGAGUAAAAACACAAGAGAACACGAAUGAGCCAAGUUUAAAUAUGCAAAGAAUAUCACAGAAUUCGUAGAAAGUAGGAGAAACUAAAAAAAAAAAAAAACGAGAAAGAAA